CCCCUGCUCCGUCCCCGCCGGCCAGCGCGGUGCAGCGAGCGCCCUGGGGCAGCCCCGCUCUCCUGGUCCCGGGGGAGGAGGGGGUUGUAUGGCGGUAGUCACCGGGCGUGUUGCAGACUAAGCAGUCGCGGGCUGCCGGGCCCAUCCCGUUUCUGUAGCCGAAGCCCAAAGGCGGCUGGAAAGUCCGAUGACGCACAGAGGCUUAAAAAUGCGUUUUGCUGCAAAUGCAAACAUUCCCUUCUGCUGAGCCGGCACGUUCCGGGCUGCCAGGGCCUGCCGGCGGGAGAGGUGCUGUGUGUGCAGAGAGGUGACCUGCAACAGGUCCAGGCUGGAAGCUCAGCGUACCAUCUGCAGGGCUUGGAAAUCAGCAUGCCUGGGGUGUGCCGUGCUAGGACGGUGCAGGCAGUCGUAGGGUUGGCAACAGCCCCUUGUUACAAGGGAAUGUCCCUUAUUUCUUCAUUUCUGUGCAACAAUAUCAGGCGUUGCUGAGUGCAGCAAAAAUCAGCACGAAAUCCCCCUGGUCAGUGUGGAACAAUGGCCACAGAAGAGCAGCACUGGCCAGUUCCAAUGAAGGCCAUUGGAGCACAGAACCUACUGACAAUGCCUGGAGGGGUUACUAAGUCAGGAUACCUGCACAAAAAAGGAGGCACCCAGCUGCAGAUCCUAAAAUGGCCACUGAGAUUUGUGAUUAUCCAUGAGGGAUGUAUUUACUAUUUUAAAACUAGCACAUCUGCAUCUCCACAGGGUGCUUUCUCUUUAAAUGGCUAUAACAGGGUUAUGCGGGCAGCUGAGGAGACAACAUCAAACAAUGUGUUUCCUUUCAAAUUAGUUCAUAUUAGCAAGAAGCACAGGACCUGGUUUUUUUCUGCCUCCUCUGAAGAUGAAAGAAAGAACUGGAUGGCUUCACUGAGGCGUGAAAUAGAUCACUACCAUGACAAGAAGGAAACAGUAACAGAUUUAAGUGACUCUGGUUCUGACGCAGACAGUUUCUAUGGCUCAGUAGAACGCCCUAUAAAUAUCAAUUACUCUCAUUCAACGGAAAAUGAAGAUUAUGAACAGGAAGACGAUGAAGAAUCUUACUUACAGCCAGAUUCUACAGAUUUUGGGAGGCCAGAUGACAAUAUGAUCCUCCCACCAGCCUACCCACCACCUCCAGUCCCUCCCAUCAGGAAAAUGGCUUAUUUAGAGACAAGGCCACGCUCCUUCACAGGCCAGCCUACUGGGCCUAUACUUCCUCCACCACCUCCUAAAAGAAGCUUACCUGAUAUAAAACAAGAGGACCUCUUCAAUACAAGGGGAGAAUCCCAGGUUCACUGCAGAGCCGAGUCAAAUUCAAAAAUACAGUCAUCAAGUCGUAGAAUAAAUGAUCUACCGCCACCGGUGCCCCCUAUGCCUCAUCUGAAAAAGCCUGCCUGCAUCAAAGAAAGCUGUUUGCCAUCAGCAGAGAUUCGACCUCUAGCCCAUAUACUAACUGCCAGUGAAGGAUGUGAGAGGCUAAAACAAUUGAACCUUUCUCCACGGCCCCCGCCUCCAUUACCAAGCUACAAACCCAAGCUGUCGGAAUUAACUGAGAAGCCAGUGGAGGCCAGAGCACCAAAACAAUAUGGUAAACCUGGACUGUUCGUGCCACAAGUGCUGCCUAAACCACCUGUACCUGUUUCCAAAUCUAUACCAGAGAAAUCUUUGCUUCCUCAAUUACAGAGAUCUCCACCAGAUGGGCAAAGUUUCCGGGGCUUCUCUUUUGAGAAACCAGCAUUACCUUCAAAGCAAAACAAGUCUGAUGAAGAUUCUGAUGAAGAUUAUGAAAAAGUUGAGCUGCCUAAUUCAAUAUUUGUCCAGACCUAUGAAUCCACUGAAGUAGAAAGGAUGUUCAAAGCUAUCAAUCCAAGAGGACAUCCACAAAAUGGAUUAUAUUGCAUUAGGAAUUCAUCUACCAAGCCUGGAAAGGUAUUAGUUGUAUGGGAUGAAUCUGCUGAGAAAGUGAGAAACUACAGAAUCUUUGAAAAGGAUUCAAAGUUUUACUUGGACUCAGAAACCAUGUUCUGGAACAUUGGAAGUUUGGUUGAGUACUACUGCACCCAUGUCUUACCCAGCCAUGACAGCUUGAUUCUUAAAUGUCCUUAUGGUUACAGUGGACCAAGGUGACAUGACCUGCAAAAUUAACUCUCUUUAAGAUCAAAUAUACUGUGGAAAAAUGGGCACUCCGAGGGAUAGUAGUUUUUCCCACUAGGAAUUCCCAUGCCACUGGGUUUGAUUUCCUGAACUUUGCACACAAAGACUGUUUCUGCCAUUUGUUCUCCCACUGCCUACAGACUUGCAUUUAAGCAUCUCUUUGAUAAGUCCUUCCAAACUGGACCACUGGAUUUCAGAUCCUCAUUACAACUCUUUCUGUGAAAGGGGCUGAUCUGGUUAUGCUGUAAAAGUAUUACAAGACGUGCCCUUUGAGGAACUGCUGCUGCUACUUUCCUAAUCAUAUUGAUAUGAAGUUGGAGGAAGGACCUGGCCAAAGAGGCAUUGAGAACAUAACUAUUUGGAAAGGAGAACUUUUGAAAGAAAAGCACUGUCCAUUUGUGACAGGGAAUACUAAUUUUCUGACUCGGGUAUUGCUCCUUGAGUCGCAACCGGUGCUUGACUGAGAUUUUGUUAUAGUUUAUAAUUAAUCUGUAAAUAACAAGGAUGCUUAUGGCAAUAACGUGGUUCAAUGUGGAUACAGAAAGUGAGCCUUGUAAGCCCAUGUCUUACAGAAGGCCCUUCUCUAACUCCUGCAGUCAGCUUCCCACUGCCUGCACGGGUAUGCUCAGUUCUGAUGGUGGGUAUGGAAUUUUACAUAUUUCUUACUGAUAACUCCUCUGGACAAUUGUGGACCAUUAUUAAGUUUGCACCACUGGAAACCCUAUUGGCUAGUUCUCAAUUGGAAAGAUAGGUGCUAUAAAAUAACUUUUAAAUGAAUGUAUGAAAUUAAGAAGGAGGGUAUGGGCUGAAGUGGAGAAUAAUUUGCAGAAUAACCCAGACCGAGAUUUACAGACUUCUCCCAUAUCAACAUCAAAGACAAUAGGAAAAAUGGUAAAUAAUACAUAAAAGUCCCAUUAAAUCACUUGGAUGAAGUUGUCAGCACAUCAAAUUUUGUAUCUGUAAAGUACCAUUAUACUUUGUGAAAAUCAUACAUUGUCCUUUCUAUUGGUUUUAACAUGGCUGUUCAGUUUAGAAUCCUUGUAUACAAUAACAUAUUUUAUUACUAAUGAUCCCAAACCUACAAUACUCUUUGCCAGUUAAGAUGAAACUGCAGCAUUAACAGCCCUAUUAAUAAUAGGUGUAUAUAAUUCUUGUUGACGUAUGUUUGUAUGAUUUUAGAAAAAUCCUAAAGCCCAGGUCAUUUCCGCAUAACUGACUUUUGUAGGGUAUGUUGUUUAACCAGAGGGAAGAGAAAAACACCUACUUUAAUGUCCUGUAUUUCUUAACUUUUGUGUCUCGAGUACUGUAAUUAUUGUGCUCAAACUCUGUAAAAGGAGAAUAGAAAUAAUUUAAAUUUGUACGAUAAAGUUUCUGAAUCCAGACUGGUGAAUAAUCCCUCCUGCAUUUAGCUUUUAUAUCUUUAUGAACACCAAGUUUUCUAUGACACUGUAUUUAAUAUAUUUCAUGCAUUUAACAAAAGUGUUACAUGAUUUUCUAUUUAUAAAAAUAAUAAAAAGGGAGCCACAUUAGCUAUUACCUGUGAUUGAAUUGUCCUGUAGUAAAAAGAAAUGUGAUCUUUGCACUAGACUUGGAGCCAGAAUACUUGGAUUUUGACAUAGUGUAUGGUUUUAGGUAAAUGACAAACUCUGUACCGACCUUAAAGGAGUGUUGUGAGAAUAAACUAAAGUGCUUGGAAAAUGUAAAGCGCUAUGCAAACAUUUGAUAUCUUUUACUAGGUUAAUAUUUGUGAAGUUUUAAUUGGAAUCAUCUGUGUUUCUCUGCUUCUUCUCUAAUAUGAAGAGCAGAGUGUGAAGCACGCUGUCAAGCAUUUGCAAAAAAAAUAAUUAGAGCUGUUUCUAUUCUUUCGAGAGAACUAACCUAAGGAGAGAGGAUUGCUCAGAGGUCAUCCAGGAAAUUCUUAUUACUUUCAAUAACCAACUUUUUUUUAAAAUAGAUUUUAAUCAAAUGAAUUCUUCCGGGUCUGGAAACAAAUGACUGGCUCAUACCAAACCAUUGUUACUUACUUACAAUAUACUUCCAGGAAGAGGGCAGUUGAAUUCUACUAGCAUUUUGUUUAUUUUCUCAUAGAACUAACAUUAUUCAUUACAAAUGCCUUAAACUAAAAAAGUAUUUGCAUAAUCUAGUAUAAUAAAAUUACAUAACACUGUUUUGUAUACUAUGUGAAAUUUGCACACAUGUAAAUAUUCAUUUUCUAUGAAUUACUGUUAGUUUCCUUGUGACAAAUCUAUGAAUGUAUACAUUUCUGAGGUAAAUAAAUGUUAAGGUGAACUCAUGCCAACUGUGU